AUGGAAGUAGAAAGUAGAAUACCUGGGUAUUCAUUUAUCCAAGAGUGGCUUAAAAACAUUUUUUCUAGGACUAUCCGAGUGUCUGAUUGUGGACCUAAACAUGUUGGGUUCAUUAUGGAUGGUAAUCGUCGAUUUGCACGUAAGAAUGAUAUAGAGAUCAAAGAAGGCCAUGAAGCUGGGUUCCAAAGUAUGAGCAAGAUAUUAGAGUUAUUGUAUGAGAGUGGUGUACAAUCGGCUACUGUAUAUGCAUUUUCUAUUGAAAAUUUCAAAAGAAGUUCUAAAGAAGUCACUAAUCUGAUGGAAUUAGCCAAAGAUCGUAUUAAACAAAUAUCUAAAAAUGGCGAACUAGCAUCUAAAUAUGGGAUUAAAGUCAAUGUUAUUGGUGAUUUAUCAUUAUUACCUGAAGAUGUACUAAAAGAGAUGGAACAUGCUAUGGAAAUUACCAAGAAUAAUAAAAGAGCAGUAUUAAAUAUCUGUUUCCCAUAUACUGGCCGUGAAGAGAUUGUACAUUCCAUAAGAGAAGUGAUUAUAAAUACCAAAGAUUCUAAAGAGAUCAAUGAGACGUUAAUAGAAAAUAAUCUUUAUACAAAGGACCAACCACCGUUAGAUUUAUUGAUUAGAACUAGUGGUGUUUCUAGAUUAAGUGAUUUUAUGAUUUGGCAAACGAGCCAUAAAGGAGUUAAGAUAGAAUUAUUGGAUUGUUUAUGGCCAGAAUUUGGUCCAUUUAGAAUGUCAUGGAUUCUUUUGAAAUUUAUCUUUAAGAAAUCAUUUCAAAUUCAUGAUGAAGAAGAAGAUAAAAAAAAUGUAUAG